CUCCAUUUCAUUCUUCCUUUUCUUCCACUCUCUCAAGUCUCAAAGGCAAAGCCGCCACCACCAUUCUCUGCAGCCAAUCCGCCGUCUUUCGCCACUACGGACCACACCCCACGCCACAAACUCCACCGUUUUCUAAGUAGCUUGUCAGUAGUUUCAGUUUCAGUUGGCGUGAUCGAGCAUAGCAACUGAAUCUGAGCAUGGCCGUCCGUCUUCAAUUCGAGAACUCUUGUGAAAUUGGGGUGUUCUCCAAGCUCACCAAUGCCUACUGUUUGGUUGCCAUAGGAGGUUCUGAGAAUUUCUACAGCACUUUCGAGUCGGAGCUGGCUGAUUAUAUUCCUGUGGUAAAGACCUCCAUCUCAGGCACUCGCAUCAUUGGUCGCCUUUGCGCUGGUAACAAAAAUGGGCUUCUGGUGCCUCACAAUACCACCGACCAAGAGCUUCAGCACCUGAGAAACAGUCUACCUGAUCAAGUUGUUGUUCAGCGCAUAGAAGAGAAACUAUCUGCUCUUGGGAAUUGUAUAGCAUGCAAUGACCACGUGGCUCUCACACACACUGAUCUUGACAAGGAAACUGAAGAGAUGAUAGCAGAUGUUCUUGGAGUAGAAGUUUUUAGGCAGACGAUUGCGGGGAAUAUUCUUGUUGGCAGCUACUGUACCUUCUCCAAUACAGGUGGCUUGGUUCACCCCCACACAUCUGUUGAAGACUUGGACGAACUUUCAACACUUCUUCAGGUUCCUUUGGUUGCUGGGACAGUCAAUAGGGGGAGUGAAGUGAUUGCGGCUGGCAUGAUCGUUAAUGAUUGGACAGCCUUCUGUGGCUCAGACACCACUGCUACUGAACUCUCUGUUAUAGAGAGCGUCUUCAAGUUGAGGGAGUCACGACCUAGCGCUAUUGUUGAUGAAAUGAGAAAAUCUUUGAUCGAUACCUAUGUCUGAUUUCUGUCUUUGCAUUCGUGUUUGAUUGCGCUCAAUGUUUGAAAUAUCAACGCUGCUAAUUUGUGACAAUGAUUGUCACUUUUUGAAGUAUCUUUUGAAGCUCUUUGUUGCUAUGUUUACUCAUAUUAUAAAAAGAAAUUUUCAAGUGGAGAAUGUAAUAGUGUAGUGUACAUUAUUUUGUUACAAAUCUAAAAAUCUUCUUUCAUUCA